UUAUCAGUGUCGCAUAAAAUAUACGUCACGCUGAAGUUCCAAUACUAAUUGUAUCCGUUUUGUUUUAGUAGUAUUAUGUAAAACAGGUAACUUCCUGUUGUCUAAUUAAAUAUAUUUGGUAUUUUUCGUGCUUUAGGUUACAAGUGAAGGUUUUGUGUUCAUCAGAAGUCGCUUUUCUUCCUGUAAAAACUACGAGUUUCCACCCACGUGGAUCAUUUGGAGCAGGAAUGGACGACUUGCCUGCAGAUUUAAGAGAAUUUCUGCAAAAUCAACCUUUUCUAGAGCUCACUGAAGCCAAAAGGAUCAAGUGCACAUUAAAUGGCCACGAGUUUCCGUGCAACCUUGCAGAGCUGCAGAACUUCAUAUCUGGGAAGAAAUUCAAUAAACUGUGUGCUGGAGAGGAAUUUAACUACAGCCAGUAUGAACCUCAUCUGGUUCCGAGCACAAAGCAGCCAAAUCACCUUUUUUGCAAGCUGACCCUGAGGCACAUCAAUCACAUGCCUCAUCACGUCCUCCGGCAUGUCAGUGGAAAACGGUACAAGAAAGCUCUCGCACAGUAUGAGGAAUGCGUAAAACAGGGUGUGGAGUUUGUUCCAGUCAGACUCAGGCAGAAAAAGCAACGCCGGGACACAGAUGAUGGCAUGGAGAGAGCAAGUGAAGGAGGGAGUAAGCACAAGCAGAAAGAGAAACAGAAACAAGACAGCGGCAUUUGGGCUCCGAGCUCCAGCGAGGGAGAAGGCAGUGACUCCGAGGACAGCAUGUCAGAUCUCUAUCCACCUACUCUAUUCACGCUAAAGAAGUCAGAGGAACAGGAAGAGAUGGAGGAAGAUGAAGAUGAAUUCCAGACAGAUGAUGAUGAUGAUGAUGACAUGGAGGUUUCUGAAACAGAAGAAGAGAAACAAGCAGCACAGAAACGCAAAAAGGUCCAGUCUGCUGGUUUUAACAAGAAAUUUAAGAAAAACAGAAAAAGGAAAGGUUUCAAGUGCAUCAGUAAAGUAAAGAAUGGAAAAUAAUAAAAUGAUGUUUGCAUUAA